GGGCGGACAGCGCCGACUCCAACGCCCGCAACCGCUAUCGCAACCGCUGAAGCCCGGUACCCGUGCCGCCGCUAUCGCAAUCCCGUUCCAGGCCGAAGAGGCGCUGCUUCUGCUUCUGCUGCUUCCGCCGCCGACAGUGCGAUUGAUGUUCAUCCACAUCAGGGGCGAACUCUUGCGAGACCAAAAAACAAAAAAGCUUUUAUACUCGCUCAGGCGAAAAACCAUUCAUCCUCGCCACGGGUGGUGGCAGCCGUGUCCUUCUCCCUCUCGUUGAUUCGUCUCCGGAUGUUGAAGGGUUCAAGGUUGCCCUUUUUUUUAGGCCUUCCAGCGGCGGCGUCCAAGGGGGGUCCAUUGACCACUGACUGCCCGGACACCUCCAUCUCUCUACUUGACAAUCAAUCAAUCAUGUUGCAGGGAGCGCAAUCUCCCUCCACCUCGGCAGCCCCGGUUGCUACCGACGGCAUUGACAAGGCGAGGAGGUUGCGGCGCAAGAGAAAGGCAGAGACUCAGGACAAUGAGCGUCUUUCUAAGCGCCUGAGUCUGCUCAACAUCGAGCAAAGCGGCUCUAAGCUGUAUGUUCCUGUCGAGGAACCAUCAAUCCCAACACCGUCUAUUCCCAAUGUCGCGCCCUCGUCUUCGUCCUCUGCUCGCGAACUCCCAGUUCCCAAUGAUUCGAUGCAACUCGAUGACUCCAAGCACAAGGUUUACAUCUACAACAUCGACGAUGAGCUCUCCUCCGACAGCGAAACCGACGAUCCCGGGAAGCUCGUCUUCCUCCCGGACAUUGAAAAGCACCUGCGCGCAAACCGAAUUCCUCCUGCCGUCCUUGCCAACAGCGAGGGCGAACUGGCGGGCAUGCAGCUUGUGCUUUACAGUGAUCCUAAGUCGCUGACGGUGCCCGAAGACAAGGACAGCGUGCGCAAGGCCAUCAUAGAGUCGAGGCACCGCGCGAGGGAGCAGCAGCGACUAGAAAGGGAGGGCAAGACGGAUACACCGAGCGUAGACCGUGACUCGACGAACGAUGCGAUUGCACCUCAAACAUAUACAGAUGACGAUCCAGAUGCCAUGGACGUGGAUUAG